UGCGACUCUAUAGAAUUUAUAUAGAAAACGAAAAGCAAUAAUUAACGCAAAUUAAUCGUAUUUAAUUCUAACAUGAAGCUACCUGGCCACAAAACAAGUUUCGCGGCGCUGCUGCUGCUCUGCCUGCUGAGCUGCGUCUCGGCCUACAAUUAUCUGGUGGUGCUGCACACGGCAGCCCGCUCCCACUACCACGUGGGAUCGGCCCUGGCCAAAGGUCUGGCUGCAGCGGGCCAUCAGGUGACCAUCGUCUCGCCCUUUGAACUGAAGAAACCGAUCAAGAAUAUUAAGGAUGUGAAUGUGCCCGGCGUUUUGGAGGCGAUGAAAGGCAAUAUUGCCAAUCUAUUGGAGAAAUCGAGAGAGUCGAUUGUGACGCGUAUCAUUGACUUCCAUCACAUGGGCCUGGCCAUAACCGAUGCCCUGCUGCGCGAUCCCAGUGUGGUGGAGCUAAUGCAAUCGAAUCAGACCUACGAUGCCGUCAUCUCUGAGGUCUUCCUCAACGAGGCGCACUUCGGUCUGGCGGAGCAUUUCAAGGCGCCACUCAUCGGAUUGGGCACCUUCGGGGCCAUCAGCUGGAACACAGAGCUGGUUGGAACACCCUCACCGCCCUCUUAUGUGCCGCAUGCCAUGAUGAAGUUCUCCGAUCAAAUGUCGCUGCUGCAGCGCAUAACCAAUCUGGCCUUUGUCUCGUACGAGUAUCUCUUCAUAAACUACUACUACCUGCCCCUGCAGGAGGCCAUCUACCGGCAGUACUUCCCCAAUAACAAGCAGGACCUCUACGAGACGCGCAAGAACACAGCUCUGGUGCUGCUCAACCAGCACGUCUCCCUGAGCUUCCCCCGUCCCUACUCGCCCAACAUGAUCGAGGUGGGCGGCAUGCACAUCAACCGCAAGCGUCAGCCACUGCCCAAGGACAUUGAGGAGUUCAUCGUGGGAGCCAAGCAGGGCGUCAUCUACUUCUCGAUGGGCUCCAACCUGAAGAGCAAGACACUGCCCCUGGAGAAGCGUCAGGCGCUGUUGGACACCUUUUCCCAGCUGAAGCAGCGGGUGCUGUGGAAGUUCGAGGACACGGAGCUGCCCGGCAAGCCGAAGAAUGUCUUCAUCUCGGACUGGUUCCCGCAGGACGACAUCCUGGCCCACGACAAUGUGAUUGCCUUCAUCACCCACGGUGGCCUGCUGAGCACCACGGAAUCGAUCUACCACCGCAAGCCCUUCGUCGGCAUCCCCAUCUUCGGCGAUCAGUUCCUCAAUAUGGCGCGGGCCGAGCAGAAUGGCUACGGUGUCACCGUGAACUAUGAAGAGCUGACAGCUCCCAGGCUGCUGGCAGCCAUUGAGCGGCUCAUCCACGAUCCAGAGGCCACCAAGAAGGUGCAGGACAUGUCCGAUCGCUAUCGCGAUCAGCUGGAGACGCCCCUGGAGCGGGCCGUCUUCUGGGUGGAGCACGUGACGCGGCACAAGGGCGCCAAGUAUCUGAGGAGUGCCUCACAGGAUCUGAACUUCAUUCAGUACCACAGUCUGGACGCCAUUCUGAUCCUGUACGGAGGCAUUAUCUUUGUGCUGUACUGUUUGGGUUUGCUGAUUCGUCGCGUGUGGCGCCUGCUUCAGGAAUUGUUUGUUGGCAGAGCAAAUGACAAGCCAAAGCCCAAGGCAAAGCUUAAUUAGAGUUUAGUUUCGUAUGCGAAUUAAAUCUUUGCAUAUAAAUAAAUGUGUGUGUGUGUCCAGAA